AUGCCUGCACCCGCAGCAUCGAUAUCUCCCGGAGACAGCGAGCGCCGUGUGGUCGUCGGUAUCCUCGCUCUACAAGGCGCAUUUGUCGAGCACAAAACCGCACUGGAGAAACUCCCCGGCUCACGCAAGCUCGAAGUCAUCUUCGUCAAAACUCCCGACGAGCUCGCUAGAUGCGAUGCGCUGAUUAUCCCUGGCGGAGAAAGCACAACCAUCGCGCUCCUCGCGCGCAUAUCCGGCGUCCUCGACCCCCUCCGCGCCUUCAUCAAGCACAAACCCGUCUGGGGCACCUGCGCCGGCGCAAUCCUCCUCUCCCACUCCGUCGAGAACGCAAAAAAGGGCGGCCAAGACCUGCUCGGUGGGAUCUCCAUCACCAUCGCACGCAACGGGUGGGGUUCACAGGUCGAGUCGUUUGAAGCGGCGCUUGACGUCCCUGGCCUGCGCAACCCCGAAGAUCCAUUCACAGGUGUAUUCAUUCGCGCUCCCGUUGUCCUAAAAUUAACACCAGGCCCAUCCGACCCGCCCAUCGAAGUAAUCGCCAAACUCUCCCCGCACCUCCUCCCCUCCUCGCUAUCAUCAAACGCAAACGCAAACUUAAACGCAGACGCAGACACAAACCCAAACCACAACCCAAACCCAAACCCAAACCCCAGCCCAGACACAACCAAAGACGACCCAAAAACCUACGUCGCGCUCCGCCAAGGCCUCCACUUCCUCACGACCUUCCACCCCGAGCUCACGAGCGAUAAUCGGUUCCAUGAGUAUUUUGUUAGAGAGUGUGUGUUGGGUGGUGCUGGUGCUUCUGCUUCUGCUUCUGCUUCUGCUUCUGCUUCUGCUUCUGCUUCUGCUUCUUCUACUACUGCUACUAGUACUUCUACUUCUACUAGUACUGCUACUGCUACUUAG